CGCGGUGCGGGUACGGUGGCCGCGAGGGGCGCAGGCGCGGGGGGCCGCUCCGCCGCCCGCAGCGUAAACAAGAGGCCGGCGGCGAUGAGGAGCCCGCGGGUGAGCGGUGGGGGUCGGGGCUGAGCUACGCUGAGUCUGCCCUGCCCGCUGGAGACGCUUGCCGCCCCUCGCCGGACGGGGGUGGCGAGGGCCGUCCCGCCAUGAACUUGGCCAGUCAGAGCGGCGACGCCGGCAGCGGCCAUCUGCUCUUCGCCAACUUCAACCAGGACAACACAUCCCUUGCAGUUGGCAGUAAAUCAGGCUACAAAUUCUUCUCUCUUUCUUCUGUGGACAAAUUAGAGCAGAUCUAUGAAUGCACUGACACAGAAGAUGUGUGCAUUGUGGAGAGGCUGUUCUCCAGUAGUCUGGUGGCCAUAGUUAGCCUUAAAGCUCCACGCAAGCUGAAAGUUUGUCACUUUAAGAAGGGGACAGAGAUUUGCAACUACAGCUACUCCAACACCAUCUUGGCGGUCAAACUCAACAGACAGAGGCUGAUAGUAUGUCUGGAAGAGUCUCUUUACAUACACAACAUACGAGACAUGAAGGUAUUGCACACAAUCAGGGAGACUCCUCCCAAUCCUGCAGGGUUGUGUGCUUUAUCAAUAAACAAUGAUAAUUGCUACCUGGCCUAUCCAGGAAGUGCAACUAUUGGAGAAGUACAAGUCUUUGACACCAUCAAUCUGAGAGCUGCUAAUAUGAUCCCAGCUCAUGAUAGUCCCUUGGCUGCUUUGGCGUUUGACGCAAGUGGUAGUAAACUUGCCACUGCAUCGGAAAAGGGGACAGUAAUAAGAGUGUUUUCCAUUCCAGAGGGACAAAAACUCUUUGAAUUCCGAAGGGGAGUGAAGAGGUGUGUGAGCAUCUGUUCAUUGGCUUUCAGCAUGGAUGGCAUGUUUCUGUCUGCAUCCAGUAACACAGAGACGGUGCAUAUCUUCAAACUUGAGACUGUGAAAGAAAAACCUCAGGAAGAGCCUACAACCUGGACAGGUUACUUUGGAAGAGUGCUGAUGGCCUCAACAAACUAUCUGCCCUCUCAAGUAACAGAAAUGUUCAACCAGGGUAGAGCCUUUGCUACAGUCCGCCUGCCGUUCUGCGGGCACAAAAACAUCUGUGCACUUGCCACAAUCCAGAAGAUCCCUCGAUUAUUGGUAGGAGCUGCUGAUGGGUACCUCUACAUGUACAACCUAGACCCCCAAGAAGGAGGAGAAUGCACACUAAUGAAGCAGCACAAGCUCGAUGGCAGUAUGGAGCCAGGCAGCGAGAUUCUAGAGUCUGCAUCCCAUGACCGGCCAUUGGUAGCGCAGACGUACAGUACCGCUGUGACUAAAGGUACAUACGUGCCUUCCUCACCCACAAGGCAUGCCUAUACGGAUGACCUGGGUGCCGUGGGUGGAGCUUGCCUGGAAGAUGAAACCAAUUCACUCAGAUUGGACGAAGACAGUGAGCAUCCUCCAAUGAUCCUUCGGACAGACUAAACUUUGACCUGUGAACUCACUCCUGAAGCAGAGAACACUGGCUUGAUGUUUCUUGAGGAAUCUCGUGUUAUGCUGCUAUGAACUUUGACAUGAGUUGGGAGAGAGGAUGACAGACUCUUACAGUUUUAAGUCGUAGCUGUAGUUCUAAUUCUAUACAAUUGGAAAAAAUAUAUGGUUUUCAAUUCAGUGGCUUUUAAUCUUGCUUAUCUAUUUUAGCUGUUUAUUUUUUUUGUUGCCAAAACCUGCUGUUUGUGCAGCCCUCAGAGCCUACUAGCUUUGCAUGCGUUCAUGUGCCAAGCAAGCAUAAGAGGGGGAGAGAGAGAAGCCACUUUAUAACAAACUCAAGUUUGUAUUUUUUUUAUAUAUGUAUAUAAUAUUUAGCUUAUAUAAGGAAGGAGCAGAGAAGUGGUUCUGGAAGCUGAGACUGGUUCUGCACUGACAAAGGUCCAAAUGGUUUCCUGAGCAUGGGCUUGCAGGCAUACCUAGUGACUGACAUGCAACCUUUCAAAUGCAAUCGCCUAUUUUUUGAGUUCUCCCUUCCCUUUCCUGGACCAUUUUGUUAAUUAAAAUUCCUUCUGAAUGUUGUGUAUUUGUGGGACUGUUCUGUUUGCUGAGAUGGAAAACUGAAAGUGUUUCCCUGUGUAAUGAUAUAGAAUUGAUAUCUCUAUAGAAUUGAUAUAUUGAUAUGAAAGUGCCUUCACAAGGAAGAAAGGAACUGCUGCAGGAAGAAAGCUAGAAUGAAGGAAUUGCUAGAGACACUGUUUUUUACAUCUUUAGUACUUGGUCUACUUAUCUGUAGCCCAUAGUGGCUGACAAGCUUUCAGGUUUUUUAGAGAAGACUUGGAAUGCACUUACUUUCUCUCCUAUAGAUUGUCCUAUUUGCUUGGCAGAGUAGCAAUAACCUUUUUUUAUACUUUUUUUUUUUUAAAUUAUCCAAAGCAAGGAUUCUGUCAGGACGGAUGAAAGUCCCUGUGGAGUGUGGCAGCCCCACUCUUAAACAGCUUUAAGGUUUUCAGCUAGAAGGCAUUGCUCUCGGUUCUUGCUUCUCAUCAGUCUGGAGCUGUGUACUGCUCUAAUAGUGAAGCUUCGUGAUUUUUUCCAGAUACUGAUGUAAAUAUGAGUGAUUUUGAAAUAUUAAUUUUUCUGGAUAACAAUGCUUUUCUCUUUUUUUAUUUGUAUUUUUUAUUUCCCCUUUCAUCAGAGUACCUUUUGUGAUCCACUCAAAGGACUGGUUGUCUCUUUGGCAGUUUUGGAAUAAAUCCAUACCUGCUCUGGCUGAGGCUUUCCAAGGCUGAGCAGUGCUGCAGGCUAUUUUUAGGGUUGUAACGUGCCUUCUCUUAAGUCUUGGAUGACAGUUAGUGAGCAAGUGAUUAGCGAAAUACGUGGUGCGUGUUACUUUUCUUUGCCAAAAUGAGCCUGCUUUGCCUUUUGUGGAUCAUUGUAGGUUGCUUCCUUUCCCUCUACUGACUGCUUGCAAAGAAAUUAAAAUAAAAAGACAGGGAAAAUGCAGAUCUUGAGAGGAGGACAGCAGUGGAGCACUCCAGCUACUUGUGAACUGCCUGCCACAGCUAGACAGUGAUGUGCCUUUAGGAGUUGGUACUGUUAAUGAGUCUUCUCUUGGGUGAUAGCAGGCAGUGGUCUUUGUCCCCAAAGCCCUCUGUGGGCUUCCCCUUCCUCUGAUAGCAUGGAAGAUGAUGGUUUUCCUGCUGAGAAAGCUGCUUGUAUCAGUGAGGCUGCUGGUAGUCCAUGAUAAGUGGAAGAUGCUUUUGAAAAUGAGCACAUGUAGCAGAGAAGGGAUCAGGUUUGUUUAGUCAUUGAAAGCCCUUGACUGUCCUAAGUAGCUGGCUGGAGUGGCUUACAGUGUCCUCUCCAGAACCCAGCACGUUCAAAGCAAACCACUGAGCCACCCUGAAAUCUCGCAUAGUGUCUUGAUUUUAAGCUGUGGCUGACAACUAAAUUCCAUGGCCUGGAGUUAACCUUUUUCUUUUCUUGCUGUGAGUGCUAUCGGCUUUGCUGUGGAGCUCGUCACUGCAGAGUAAAAUACAAAUCUGGAAGUAACCACAUGGUUGGUGAGCUUUGACAAACUGAGCUGCCCAAGAGCUGUCAGAUGUCUCCUUAUUCCAGACUAAUGCUGGUGACAUUCCUGGUAACAUACUUGGAGACUUAGGAUAGGCUCCACCAGUAGAGUUAGCAGUAAACAUGCAUAAGCAACACAGUUUUGCUAAGCACAAGUUUUACAACUCAAGUGUAACAAAGACUGUCUUACAUAGCAGGAUAUAUCUCUUCGUGUAAUUACUGCUAAAAACUGAGAACACUUAUACUAAUUUUACCCCCUUCUUAGCUUUCAUGCCUUAUGUUCCAUAGACGAGUUGAAGAUCCCACAUUCACAGUGUUUUGUGUCUUCCACAUGCUGUAGUAUGCUCCUGCUUCUGAGCUGCACGUUGCUCAGCUGCUAUGCCCUGCUUGGUUCACUCUCCUAAGUAGGAGCUGGAAGCCAGUUCAAGUAGUCUUCUGUCUUUUGGUUGUUGUUGUAACUGGAAAAAAAAAAAAAUCUUUAGAGAGCAAAAAUACUAAUAUUCUGGACUUAAUGACCAGGAUGGAACUGAUAGGGUGGGGCAGGUGGUUUCGUGUAGAUGUGGUCAUCUGAAGUUCAUAGCAUGAGAAUAUAAAGUUUUCCUCAGAUAGAAUAUGACUAAUAGAGUUUCCUUCUGAUGGCUUUAGGCCCUCAGUAACCACCCUGUUGUGGUGUGCUACCAAAGUUAGAAGUCUUUCAGGCUGGGGUUUCAUCCCUGUGACACAAAGAUGUUUUCUUUUAGGUUUUUUUUUUUUUAAAAAAGUACCAGAAAUUCUGUUUGCAGCUGCAUCCUCACCUGUGUAUGGGGCACAUGAUUGCACUGUUGGGCUCUGUGGAUCAGAUGGUGUCUAAACAUUUCUCUCCUGAUGGUCUCCCAGCCCUGGGUUCCCCGGGGUAAGCCAAGAAGGCUCUGACCCUGUGCUGUAGCUGUGGGCUUUGAGUCAUACAAUAUGGGAACACCGGUACAGCCCCUCUCAUUUUAGACUGGCCUUCCUUGGAAGGACAGCAAUUGUUCUGUGACCGUGUCUCACUCUAAGAUACGGACUGUGCUGCUUGAUGGCUUUUUAACUCUGUAGAGGGUUGGGGACAGAGAGAGAGACACCUGAAACAACCAAAGCCGGGGGGUGGGAAACACAUAAAUUUGGAAUCCGGAACUCAGGUCUUAGUUUGCAGUGGGGUCUGUUCUCAGUGAGCAUAGUAGGGAGGGAGCUGUUUCUCCUGAGUGAGUGUAGUGAGUGUACAUACUCUGCUGUCUCAACAUCUGUCUGUUUAGCCUUUGUAUUUCAAGUUCUGAGGCAGAAAGCUUUUAUCUGCACUGGUCUCUUCUGUCACUGUUUCCGAAAUACAACUGAUAGGUACAAAUCUAGCAGUUAAGGGCUAGGCCUUGCAUAGGAGGAGGAAGUAAAAAGCAUAACAUGGUUAGUAAAAGCUGUCUCUUCUGAGGCUUUGUUCAGCAAGGUGUUAGUGCGAGUGCUCCCACUGGGAUUGGAUGUGUGCGUGUACCUCGCUGCUUCAGGUCCUACACAAGCAGGUUUCUUGGGCCUGUUUCUGCAGAGGAUGGGGUAGAGCUGGUGGCUUUUCAAGUGUGCCUGAAUGCAAAGAGAUAUCUGAGGAGACUUAAUGCAGUGAUGGUUACCUCCACAGAGGAAACUCGCAUCUGACCUAUGCAUAAUAAUAAAUGGGGAGGAAUGAACUGCAGAGCCACCAGCUCGGUGAGUAGGUUAGCUUAGAGCCCUGAGAAGCUGACCAGGGGAGCACGCUGCGUUACAUCCCGUGCUGCGCUUCCUUGGCUUUAAUAACAGCGUUAGCACCAAAGCAGUAUCCAGUAAGGCGGCAGAAUUUCUUUCCUUGUAGAUUGCUGAGAUAUUCAGUUACACCACUUGUGUGUGCAGACGCUCUGCUGCUGUUGCAGAGCAACAGGCUCUUUGUCGCUGGUGGGCAUUAAUCUCUGCAGAGAUCUGGGAAGUUUUAUUCUGUACUCCAGCUGUCCUGGCUGGCAGUCGCCUUGAUUUAACCUGUCAACAUCCCAGAGUGAGGCAGAGCGUCUUCUUCACACGUGCGGAGCAGGCCUUUGUUUUUCUGCAAUCUGUGCUGCACCACGAAAGUCUUGCAAUGGGGGAAAAGCAUGGCUCUGACUAAAUAAAUCCUUUCAGAUUGCAGUUGUACAACCAAAGGAAUUCGGCAAAUUCCUGUUUUUCUAACCAUAACAUGCCUUCAUUUUAACGCCCUUCAAAUUGGCCGAUUUUGUAAUGGACAAGUUUUUGUUCGGGCUUGAAGUAGCUACAGUUGUGCUUAUUACAGAUAUCUCAGUGCUGUGGCUUUGCCCAUGUGGCUGCAGUGAUCUGUAUGCCGAGUCCCCUUGCACUGCCUUUGCAUGUGACCGGCUUGUUCUCACUAGUGGGGGCUUCUUCCCAAACCUGUAGCUCUGAGUUUCUAUGGGGCAUCGACUCAACCCUUUGCCUACUUGGAUCUGUUUGCUCUUGCUUCCUCACCUGGAAAAAUCCCUGCAUCCUGCAGAAUUCGCUCUAUUUGGUAUCUGUGUUGAUAAGUGGAAAAAGAAAUCUGUCUUAACAUUCCACCUCACCAAGUGUCUGGCUCUCACUGCUAGCCCAUCACUCUUUGUAAUUUUAUAACUGCCUAAGGAAUUAAAUCUGUGUUGUGAUAAGUAUUCUGUGUCUUCUUCCUUUUGUUUGCUGCUUGGAGAUGGGGCUGGAUAAAACAAGGGUGACGCUAUGUGUGUUCUGUACUCUGUGGCCCAAACCAAAGUGCCAGCAGUGAUGAGCCCUCAGUCCUAGCUGUGCUUUGUAGCCGCUCUCGAAAGACACUGCCAGCUUGGGUUUUGCAGGGAAUGGGAGAGGACAAGCUGAGUUUCUUCUGGCACGUUUUGCUUGCAAAUGUAAUUUUCCCUCUCUUUUUUUUUUUU